AUGCACUCGAUUCGGGGGAUGAGAUAUUUGAGGUUCUCCACUGUCACUUUAGCCACAGGGACGGAUGGUCCGGAACAUCAUCUGCUAGAAGCCUGUCUCAACACCCAGGUUACCUCGAGAUGGGAUAGCACAAUCAAAGCACUCCGAUAUGAGACAGAUGGCAUGGCGAUAGUGGGACGGCCACUUCUAGAUAUCGACGUCGGUGUCACGGAACAAGGAGCUGUAGGCCGUACAGAAGAACAUACUAAGUCAAUAGACAGUGAGAUCGAGGUGGAAAUAGUUAUCGCGGAUGAUUUGCAAGAAAUGCGAGAGCCUGAAUCAAGUCUAUCUCAAGCCGCUAAUGAGGAGAAAUUCAGAGCAUCAUCUCCAGGUCCCCAAACAUACAAGACAUCCUCAAGAGCUCGUGUAGGCUCUAUGACUCAUGGCGUCCGGCACAUGUUCAAAAGCGUUGGUCUCGAGGUCACCGAUAUACAAGGCACUGAAAGAGAUGGGCGAAUAUCGAAAGAGGAUAUCCAGCGAGACAUAUCGGAGACUUCAUCUCCAUCGCCUCCUACCAGCAGUCCUAAGGUCACUACAAUGCCGCAGAUUAGCUCAGAAGAUCGUCUGGUCUCCUUAACACUGACUGAGAAUGCGAUGUUCAAGACCAUGACUCGAUCUGUUACCAUCUCACACUUUCUUUAUACAGUUCCGUCGAUGUAA